AUGAAUUAUAAGUUGAUGUUAUAUUUGCAAAAAUGUUUAUUUGUAAAUAGUUGUGUCUAUGUUGUUUGGGUUUUUACAAUUGCGUUCUUUUUUUACACAAAGAUCAACCAUUAUGACCAUAUAGUAAAGUAUUUAUCUGUAACAUUGUGCAUCAUGUUUAUAAUAAUAGAAAUAAUAAGACUCUAUCUUGGACAGACUGGCAAUUUACUAUGUCGGGUACCAGAGCUUUCUAGUUUUUUAAUGUUAAGCAUUUUCAUGCAAGCUCCUGUAAUGACCUAUUUUCUAUUUAAUCCAUAUUUAAUGAAUACUCCUAUUGAAACAGUAUUGCAUGCAUUCAUGUGGGUCAUAAUUUUAUUGGAAAUAUUAGUGUGUUUCCCAGCUUUAAAGCAAGCAUGUUCUAUUGCUAAAACCACAUAUCUAUCAUCAUCAAAAAUUGGAAGAGAAUAG